AUGGAUAUUCGACUCCUCACAAACGCAGACUUACCCCUCAUCCAGCACGCAAACCUCGAGAAUCUUCCCGAGAACUACUUCCUCAAGUACUACCUCUACCAUGCCCUCUCAUGGCCCCAGCUGAGUUACGUCGCUGUCGAUGUCUCGAGGCCCAAGAAGGACCCUUACGAGUACCCCAAGAUUGUCGGAUAUGUCCUUGCCAAGAUGGAGGAGGAGCCUUCAGACGGUAUCCCUCACGGCCACAUCACCAGUCUGAGCGUCAUGCGCACACAUCGAAGACUCGGUAUUGCUGAGAAGCUGAUGCGCCAGAGCCAACUCGCCAUGGUUGAGACAUUCCAGGCCAAGUACGUCUCCUUGCACGUCCGUGUCUCCAACGCCGCAGCCCGCCACCUUUACGAAAACACACUGGGUUUCACCAACGAGAAGACCGAGUCCAAAUACUACGCCGACGGUGAAGAUGCUUUUUGCAUGCGUCUAGACCUCGGUGACAUCAAGAAGCAAGCCGACGCGGCGGCCGCCGCAGAGGACGAGGAGGCCGCUGAUGAGGGCGACGCCGUGGGUGAGGUUGGCCGUGAUCCCGAAGCUGGCAAGGACAAGGAGGAGGGUGGAGAACGAAAGAUUAAGGUCGCCGUGGGGAGAGGAUUGGGAGUUGGAUCUUUGGUGGAAAAGGAUGAGUCCAAGAACUAA